CCGCCCGCUCUUCGCUUUUCGCGUUUCGCAUUUCGGGGGCCGCCUCCGCCUUCUCUCUGCUUCCUCUUACUUUUUAUUGAUUGUUUUCCGGGUCGCUUUCGUUCGCUUUUCGCGUUUCGCAUUUCGGGGGCCGCUUCCACCUUCUCUCACUCCGCUUCCCCUUUGUGCUGCUUUAUCGCUUUCCGUGUCGCUUUUGUUCGCUUUUCGCGUUUCGCAAUUCAGGCAAGCAAUCUAGCUACUCCCACACUUUACACAACACACACACACACCAAAGACGCCUCUAAUGCUCGCGAUUUCUUCUAUUUUCUGCGUUCCGAAGGAAUCCAUCCAACAGCCAAACCACGAUGCUAGCCCACGUCCUUGCACUUGUUGCAGAGGAAAUUUGGGUAGGUGUUUCGCCUUUAAUUCUGCUUAUUUGGGUUCAUCCCAACAACUAGCUUCGCUCUUAUUUGGCAAAUUAGUGCAGCUGCGCUAGUUGCAACGUGUAGAUGUACAACUAGCAUUGACGAACAAAACAUUAUUAGCAGUAGAGUCCGUGUUUGGUUUACCUUUACGCCCCGGCCGCGACGUGGUCGCUCACUUUUCAGUACCUGCGAUUGUCCUUUUCCGAUUUUCUUUUGUGCGCGCGUUACUAGACUGACGAACACGGACACGCACGACACGACAUAGUACAUACUUUUCUCCAGCGAUUGGCUAUUCCCCUUCCUCCAUCACAACCCGUGCUAUCGUGAGGAGCAAAGAUGCCGCGGGUUCCUCGUGAGAAGAAUCCACUUCUCCAGAAGGAUGAAAUUGGUCGGGCCAAAUUUUCCGCUUACGACCUGCCACCGGACACGCAUUCAUUUGGCAACGUCAUGGGUAUAGAAGUUACAGUGCAACGUCCUCGCGUCUUUCGUUUCUUCACCAUUCGCAUACCCGCUUUGCAGAAAGUAAGUAGUUGUGAUAGUCAUCAUCCUGUUCCUGCCACUUCUGCCCUCGUGUAACCAACGUUACAGGAUGCUAUGGUUGAUCAAGCCCGGAAAUUAAGUACCGGUUGGUUGCAGUAUCAAGAGUAGGUGUGACAGCUGCAUAGGACAGCUUUGUGUAACAAGAACAACACGUGUUGCAGCAUGGUAUAGAUACGUAUACUCGACAGGCGUCAAAUAAUUCAUCGCCUCUGAGCUUGCGCACAGGCAUUGCACCAUCGCGGAAAAUAUUUUCCACCAUGGUAUGAUCGCUCAUUUCAUAAUACACUCGUCUUGGUCUUUCUCACGCACAACAAUGGAAAAUACAAAGAAUAAUGAAAUCCCCAUCUUCAACAGGUUGCGAUAUGGAAGGUGCAGGCGAGGUGUUGCGUACUUGGGCCAACCACCAGAAAAGCGUGCCAAAAGCCGGAAACAAAGUGAACUACAUUGCGUACAACAAAAAGAAAUGCAAUCUGCUCGUAAGACCAGACAGCGAACAAACAGCACCAGGCAGAACACCGGGAAAAAGGGUGAGAAUGUUGUAUAUUUGCAAUGUGAAGAGCUACUACAGCUGCUGAGCAUCUUGAUGGUGAAUAUAUGUAUAUCAAGGCUAUCUCCACCACGAAGAUCGUCUCCUUAUUUAUCUUUGUCUUCUUGAAUAAAAGCCAGGCUAGCCUUGUUAGUGUUACGGAAAAGUUAACUUCUUAGUGAUAAUUUUGCGUCGAGGUAGAAGAACAAGUCACUGUCACAGGUUCCCGCCACUAGCUCGUCCAAGCCGGCACCAAAGCCGGUUGGUGACUUUGGUAAGCCCACAAGAUCAAGCACCCCGAUCGGCCGGGUGAUCGGGAACCUGUACGCCGUCGAGUACGAGCAGAUGCGGGAGGAAAUGCAACACGCCGAGGAGACCGCCGCAAAACCGAAGAAAACCAUCUACCAGACCAAGGCGUCUCUGGGACACAAAAAGGCUGCGGAAAAGAGACUGAAAGUAGAGGAAGAGGUACUGGGCUGCUCGUCGAUCAUCGAUAUUUUUUUGCUCGGCGAAGUAUUAAAAGUCGUCAUUGUUUACAUUGCGAUGAAGCUGAGUGAUGGGCUCGUGUUGGUGUUGUGACGGAAUACGAAAGGCGAGCGUGGCCUCUGUUGAAUGAAAGAUCUUACGAUCAGACGUGGUAGAUGCAUGAAUAAACCGAAACGCACAGGCACUUCUUGCAAUUUUUGCUUGUUCCAAAAUAUUAACCACAGCACAAGCCGUUCAUGAUGAAAAAGUUCUUGAAUGUCCAAGCGUCUUUUAAACUGCCGGGCCCACCACCAAAGAAGGGCCAUGGAGCAACGCAGAUUCCGGAUAUCCACCAGGAAGAGCUGCCCGCAGCACCGGUAAAAAUGUGUUUGUGGCCAUUGAUUUGUCUACUUGAGGGUGAUGCCCGCCUAUGCGUUAGCUUACCCAUGGGAAUGCGUGCAUAGUGCAGAUCGAUGGACGGCAUCUGCGUUUUGCUUCGACACUUUCGGUACGAACGACCCAGCACAAAAAAUUUCCUACCCGUGUAUCCUUGAUGUUCCUGUCGGAGCGGAAGCAGCCCGAAAUAAAAGGAUAGAAAUCUAAGUCAAGAACUAAAAAAUGACAAUUCUACAGGUGGAACGCGAGAUGGAUGUUUCGCCCUGAUGACGCAGGUAAAAUCGCUAUACGAUUGUACUACCGGAGCAGGAAUUUAUUGUACAAUAGCCGACCUCAGUCUUCGGACAAGAUGAAGACAACUGGUCUUUUUUUCGAAGCCAACAUGUGAUAUUGCGUUUCAAGAAGUUCAACAAGUACUACAAGACCAAGAGAAAGACAGAACUGCACCAGCCUGCUGCUCGUCCUCGUGCUUAUUGCACGACAGUGAUACUGGACAAAUAAUAAAUAGAUCACGACUGCUGAUAGAUAAAGCAAAAGCUCAAGACCCAGCACAAGCAUCACACAUAACGAAGUUGGAGUUAAGUUAGUAAAAGUGUAAUAAUCGAAGACAU